CUUUUAGGUGCAUACUUUAUUACUUGUUGAUGAAGCCGUUUAGGUUUCACUUUCUUACUUCAAAAAUGGUGAUUGAUUCAACCUUAACAGAAUCCAAUAUUUCAACUCAACGCAGAAAUUGAGACCAAGUGGCAUUGCAUUGCACUGCAAUCUCGAGAAUGAAACAGUUUUUAGAUCUCUGAAUCCCAAUGCCAAUCUUUCUACUGGUCCCUCUUCUCAAAAACCACAAUCUGAUUCUGAAAGCUACCUUUCAUGGCGUAAAACCACUUUGCAUCUUUGGAAUCUGAGCCCAUUCUGAUCAUUGUUUGUCUCGCCCUUUUCAUCAAUCACGGGGUUUCGUCAUUUUCCUUGUGUUGAUUGAUUGCAGUUAACGUGUUUGUUAAAAGGUGUGAGCUGAGAACUGAAGUCAUUGUUGUUGUGAUUUUGGUUUCUGGAGGAGAAGAUGUUGUGUGCUUGCUCCGGGGAGCAGUUCAAGUUAGAAGAGCCGCCGCCGCGGUCGCCGGAGUCCCUUGCAACCAGGGAUUUCUCCGCCAGUGGGCUAUCUUCCAGGACUGCAGAUUGGGAUUCCAAAUUCAGUGAAACCCAAGUUGAAGAAGCUGAAACUACUCUCAAAGAAGCCCUUUCCUUGAACUAUGAGGAAGCUAGGGCUUUGCUGGGGAGGCUGGAAUACCAAAGGGGAAACUAUGAUGCUUCCCUUCAAGUAUUUCAAGGUAUAGACAUCAAGGGUUUGACCCCGAGGAUGAUCAAUGUAAUUGCUGAAAGAACUAAGCAAAGAAAGCCACGAUCGAAGGCAGACGUCGUGAUUCUUCCGAAUGUGAUGUCAUUGCAUUCUGUAAGCCUGCUUCUUGAGGCAAUUUUGCUUAAAGCAUUAUCGCUGGAGGAACUUGGACGAUACGUUGAUGCUGCAAAGGAGUGCGGAAUAAUUCUGGAUACGGUUGAAUCUGCCCUUCCUAAUGGAAUGCCUGAGGGUAUUAGCGAAGAUUGUAAGUUGCAAGAAAUGUUCCAUAGAGCAUUGGAGUUGCUUCCAAGCCUAUGGAUCAAGGCAGGCUUUCUAGAUGAAGCUGUCACUGCAUACCGUCGUGCUCUGGUUAAGCCAUGGAAUUUGGAGCAACAAAGGUUGGCUGUUAUUCAAAAAGAUUUAGCUACAACCCUACUCUAUGGUGGUGUUGAAUUAAGCCUACCCUCUCGGUUCCAAGUGUGGGGUCAGAAAGCACCCAAGAGUAACAUUGAAGAAGCUAUACUUUUGCUAUUAAUAAUCAUGAGCAAGAUGACAAUGCAGGUAAUAGAAUGGGAUGCUGAAAUAAUGGAUCAUCUUACAUUUGCACUUUCAGUCACUGGGAUGUUGGAGUUGUUGGCAGAUCAUGUAGAGCAAAUCCUUCCAGGCACCUAUAAUCGAGUUGAUAGAUGGUACUUCCUUGCUCUGUGUUAUAGUGCUGCAGGACACAACGAAACAGCAUUGAACCUUUUGAGGAAGGCAUGUAGUCGUUCUGAAGCAAAGCUUAGACCCCAUUUUCAUUCGUUUUUGUUAGGAGCAAAACUCUGUUCUCAGGAUCCUUGCCACGCUCAUGAAGGCAUUAACUUUUCACGUGAAGUUAUUGAUCUAGCUAAGCACCGUAACAAGCAUUUUUUGGGUCAAGGCCAGAAAUUUCUAGGUGUUUGCUAUGGAGCUGCAGCCAGAAUUUCUGUACUGGAUUGUGAAAGAAGUGUAUUUCAAAGUGAGUCUUUGAACUUUCUAAACUGCGCUGCUGUAAGUGGAAAUGGUGACCCGGAAGUUAUAUUCAGCCUUGGACUGGAAAAUGCAAUUCAAAGGAAUCUGGAUGCAGCUUAUGACAAUAUAAUGAUGUACUCAAACAUGACUGUUGGAGGUUCAGGAAGAGGAUGGCAGCUAUUAGCACUCAUCGUAUCUGCACAGAAGCGACUUAUGGAUGCUGAAACUAUAGUUGAUUUUGCAUUAGAUGAGGCUGGGAGGAGGGAUCAGCUAGAACUUCUACGAUUGAAAGCAGUACUUCAAAUUGCUCAGCAACAACCCAAUCAAGCAUUAGAGUCCUACAGAAUCCUGCUAGCACUAAUUCAAGCCAAAAAGGAGCUUUGGCUUCGGGAUAAGGACUUUGAUCAAGCAAAAGCAUUCAGGCAUGAGCAGAUACUAACAGAAAGGAAGUUUGAAAUGGAAGCCUGGACAGAUCUGGCUACCAUUUAUGCCGAUAUCGGUUCCUUUCUUGAUGCAAAAGCUUGUGUUGACAAAGCCCAGUUGAUAGAUUUUUUUUCUCCAAGAAGUUGGCACAUUACAGGGGUGUUGCUUGAAUCUCAAUCAUUAUACAAAGAGGCCUUUGUUUCCUUUUCAGUAUCAUUGUCAAUAGAACCAGAUUACAUUCCCAGCAUCAUUUCAAGUGCAAAAUUGUUGCUGAAACUGGGGAUGCAAUCACUUCCAAUUGCAAGAAGCUUUUUGAUGAAUGCUUUGCGGAUAGAACCGGAAAACCAUGAUGUGUGGUUCAACCUUGGAUUGGUUUCAAAAAGCGAAGGUUCAUUACAGCAAGCAGCAGAUUACUUUCAAGCUGCAUAUGAACUAAAGCUUUCCGCUCCAGUGCAAAAAUUUGAGUAAUUGAGAGUUUGGGAAGACGCCGAGAAUGUUUAUGGUCAAGGAAAAGUGAGCUUAAGAAAGGGUAGGAUAGACAAAAUGCCGACAGCUACUAAAUAACAUAAUACUCAUCCCACGGUUACUAUUGCUUGGCUUUUGUUCAAAUUGUAUAGCCAAAUCCAGUCUUCUCACCUAUAAAAUAUUGACUUACUUCAUUGUCAAAUAUUUAGCAGUUCUUAAGCAUUUCUACUACCAAGGGGUUCAUCUAUUUAAACUCAUUUAGGACAAAGAAUUUCAUUUCAUGACUCAUUGUAAGAAGCUCAUUUUUUGUUUGUUUGAAUACAGCUUACAAGAGAUGCUCAAAGUUGGGAGCAAUUCUUGUUUGCUUUAAGAGUAAUACCAUUUAUGAUCGAUCGUUCUCUUUUUAGUUAA